CUGGCGCAGCUGGACAUCGCGCGGCAAGCAGCGAGGGACGCCAUCGCGUUGGCGCAGGAAGAACAGGCGAAAGCGUACAACCGAGGGAGGAAACCAGCGCCAGUCUUUGCGGAAGGAGAGAGAGUGCUGGUCAACCCGCAUUCGCUCGAGUGGGUGGAAUCGAAAGGGAAGCCGAAGCUCAAGCAGCGAUGGAUAGGCCCCUUUGAGGUCGCGCAGAGGAUCAGCCCCAACACCUACCGGCUGCACAUGAACGACAAGUACCCUGGCUUCCCAGUCUUCAAUAUA